UCGGGGCUUGUUACCGUAAUGUACCAAAUACAAACCCCCACUGUAAGGUUUACUGUCUGCAUAUGAAUUGUUUUUGUCUCUCGUCUACCCACUGUAACUCAUCAGUUUAGCCUGUAUUUGGACCAAAACGACAAAGGCAGGAUUAUACUGACAAAAAUGAUGCAUACCAGACAAUAAUUAAUCAUUUAUUUCAUCUUAACCGACUGUAUUUGACCCGUUACGGUAACGUCUAUUGAAAACAUUCAGCAGCGUCCUCUCGCGGUCACAUACGAGAAUUGCACGUUGACUUGCUAAGCACCUCUCCGUUAAACCUAUUUUUGCGCAGCUAAACGAACGUAAACAAGCCAGAAAAGUUAAAUAUAACUUAGUUUAAUUAGUUAAAACCUCUAGGCGGAGAUUUCAGUGAAAGGAGGAGCAGUGAAAUUAAUGUUCCCUUAAAUUACAGAGCUUAGGUCCCACAAAAGGGAGGAAAGUGUGCAGAGCCAACUCCUUGGGUUAGCUAGUUCCCUGAACAUUUCCAUAGUCCCUCCUCUUCUCCCAACUUCGUCUCCUUCACUCAUCGGGCUGUUUCUGGGACCAUGGCGCUGCUCUCCGAUCAUCUCACUGUAUACGUGGCGUUUCAUAUUGUUUUUCUGUCAUUAUUUCAGCUUACCCAGAGCAGCAGCUCGAAUAGUUUGUCACUCCUGCAGCCGUAUGAUUUCUUGUAUUACAGCGGGGUACGUGCAUAUUUCAGCGGGGAGUGGGGGAAGGCUGCGGAGUUCUUGGAGAAAUCCAUUUCAACCAAGGAAUCACUAUUCAGAGUCCGCAGACAGUGUCAUGAUCAAUGUGUAUCUGCAGGACAAGAUGCACUUAAUAAUCUGGACUCUGAGAGGGUGGGGAGCCUGUGGGACCUGUGGAUGUUGGACUGGGUGCAGCAGAAGGCUGAGUGUUUGAGGUUUUGCAUGGGACAGUCAGUCUCCACUACAGGACUGCUCCCUGUUUCUACUGACAUAGAUUAUGAAUUUAGCACCCGCAACCCUUACAACUUCCUGCAGGUCACAUACUACAAACUGGAAAAGUUGCAAAAAGCAGCAUCAGCAGCUCAUACCUACUUUGUGGCUAACCCCAGUCACUUGGAGAUGAGGAACAACAUUGAGAAGUACAGACGAAUGGAAGGAGUGACAGAUGAGGCCUUCCAGGACAGAGAGAUUGAAAAUGAAAAGCACUGGGGUCUGUAUGACUCUGCUGUCCACUAUGAGGCCUCCUCAGACUGGGUACAUGCCACAGAGAGAUGGAAAGCUUGUGUGAAUGAAACACUCCGGCAGACAGAGGAGUGUCGGAUGCAGUGUGAGGUGACCUCCCAGCGCCUCCCUGAGGACAGGGGAGUGGAAUCUGUAGAUGGCGUCUUUGAGAAGGCUGCAGCUCUUUCCCUCUCCCUGCUCUCAUGCCAACAGUCCUGUGUCACUCAAGUGGCAACACGACCUGGAAGGAUUUCUUCCCAGGAGGACUUCCUGCCCACACAGUUGGAACACCUGCACAUUGCACAGUUUAAAGCUGGUGAUAUUCGUGGAGCUGUUCAGACUCUUCGCUCUCUUCUUCUGUUUUACCCCUCUGACAAGGACUCUCUAGACAACCUGCAACUCUACUCUGAGACACUAGGCGGAGACACAGAGUCACAGGGCACACAGCCUACUCAGGAGAUUGUCAGAUAUGUUAAUCGGUCACUGCAGGAGAAGAAACUACUCUAUUUUGGUGUGGAGAAUCUCGACUUCACUUUUAUAGACCCAGAUCUUUGGACUCCAGAAGAUGUUGUGCCUGAAUCACUGAGGGAAAACUGGAGAGCUGAAAAGGAGAAAAUGAAUGAGAAAAUGAAGGAGGGAGAGCAGGUGGAAGAAGUGGAUGACAGCGGGUUUUUUGCAGGUGGGAGUGUCCCUCAGGUGGGUGUAACCAUCACCAUGGAUGAUGAGCUUCUGAAUGGGACCAACCGCGUUGUAUUGGACGGAGUCAUGACACAGAAGGAGUGUGACAGAAUUAUACAAUUAGCAACAGCUGCGGCAUCUGCUGGGGAUGGUUACCGGGGGCGACGAUCCCCACAUACUCCUCAUGAAACAUUUGAGGGCCUUACUGUCCUCAGAGCAGUAAAGUUGAGUCAGGAUGGUCUGGUGAACCAGUCAGAUGCCAGACUUUUACAUGAGCUUGGGGAGCGGGUGAUUGGACUCCUUCACUCAUACUUCAGGAGUCCCUCAGGGCUUUUCAUCUCUUUCACACACCUGGUCUGUCGCACUGCUGUAGAAGGGGAUCAGGAGGGCAGGGUGGAUCUGUCUCACCCUGUACAUGUUGACAACUGUCUUCUUGAGCCGGAGACCAAACAGUGCUGGAAAGAACCACCAGCAUUCAUACACAGAGACCUCAGUGCCAUUCUCUACCUGAACGACAACUUUGACGGUGGAGAGUUAUUCUUCACUAACAGGGAUGCCAAAACAGUCACAGCCAGAGUCAAACCAAGCUGUGGUCGACUAGUUGGCUUCUCCUCAGGUCCAGUAAAUCCUCAUGGUGUUACUGCAGUGACCAGCGGCCGGCGGUGCUCGCUGGCCCUCUGGUUCACCAAAGAGAAGCUGUACAGAGACAUGGAGCGUGAGGAGGCAGAGGCCAUGUGGGCUGCAGAUGGACAGAAAGUGGUCAAAAAGGAGGAGGUGGCAGAGGGCAGCGCAACAGCCGGACGAAAUGCUCGCAGCCAAGCGCCGAAGGACAGAAACCGAGGGAGAGGCAGGGUGACGGGGGGCAAAGAUGAGCUGUGAUGAGCUGGAACAAACCUGACAAACCAGGAGAAUCUAUUUUCAUCUGCGUCAGUUUUAAGUGGAACAGUCAGACAAUCCUGUAACAGGAACAAAAGUACUCAUUAUGCUGGCCAUGAACAUUGUCUGCUUUACAUAAAUUCUAGUGGUUUCUGACACACUUCACCCCUUAUCUGUCAUGUAAAGUGUUUGCAUGCUUGUGUAUAUAUUUAUACUGAAUAAGAUGAAGGUAAGCGUGUAAAGCACUGUAAUUUCCCCUCCCCUGGUCAGUCUGCACUGUUUUUACAGCUAAUUGAGCCUUAUUGAAUAAUUACACUUUUAAUAUGAAGAAAAUAAAAGAAGAACUGCGUCA